AUGAGUAAAGCACUCAACCAAAUUUCCAAAUUGCUCUUCACACGCUGGAUUGGGGAAGGGAGACUUCCUCGGCGGUUCACUCAACCCAUUUUCACCUUGUAUAACGGCGAAACGGACCCUGUUGAGCAUGCUAGCCAUUUUAAUCUAAAGGUGGCUGUACAUUCCAAGAAUGAAGCCUUGAUUUGCAAGGUUUUCCCAUCCAGUCUAGGGCCUGUGAUGAUGAGGUGGUUUGAUGGUCUGAAAGCAGGUUCCAUUGAUUUCUUUAAGGAACUCACCCAAACGUUUGACUCUCGUUUUAUUACGUGCAACAGAGCUCCUCGUCCUUUGGCUUCCUUGCUAUCUCUGUCCAUGAGAGAAGGAGAAACUCUAAAAACAUACUCGGACAGAUAUUGGGAGAUAUUCAACGAGAUAGAUGGUGAUUUUGAAGACGUAGCCAUCAGUACUUUCAAGCUUAGCCUGCCUUUCGAGCACGGCCUAAGGAAGUCUUUAACAGGGAAACCUAUUACUAGUAUACGUCAACUUAUGGAUCGGAUUGAUAAGUAUAAAAGGGGGGACCAGUCAAGAUCAGGGGCUCAGGAGAAUGCUUCUACAAGGCCUCCAUUGGGUACAAUCAAUGUCAUUUUUGCUACACCUGGGAGAACUGGUUCUCAUCCUGCUAGGGUGAUAUUUGUGGCCAGAUCAUCAGCCGAGGAUCCCAACUCCGAGCUGAAGAAAGCUAGAUUGGAAAUCUGA